AUUAUAUGAAGAUCUGUCUGCCUAAAGAAUUUAAAGUGCAAAUAGUUUUUAAUAAUGAUAUAUUAAACGAAUUAGAAGCUGAAAGACCUUCAGAUGAAAUGAUAGAUAAAUAUCAUAAUCUAUUUGAAAGCAAUAAGAUUAAAUUAAAAGCCUCUAUGGUAAUGGAAAAAAGAGGUCGUGGUAGACCUCCUAAAUAGAAGUCACCUAUUAUUGAUGAAUCAAUAGAAGAUGAAAUCUCUAAUGGUGAAGAUGACGCACCAGAUGAUGAAUUUGAAGAAGAAGAGUUGGAUCUUGAAAAUGAUUUUAAUUAAUCUGUUUCUUCAAAAGAAAAGAAAUUUACUAAAAGACAAAUGCAUAUGUAUAGUUUAGGUAGUUUGGAAGGAAGUGAAUUCUUAUAAUUGCCUUCUAAGAAAUCUAAAUCAAAAAAAGACUUAGCUUUUACAGAAGAAGAGAUGGUAUAUAAAAGUUAGAAAGAAUUAUAAAGAAAAGAAAAAUUAUAAAAAUAAUAAGAAGAAUAAAAAUAAAUGACUGUUGAUAAAAUCUUAAAUGAAAUAGGAAGAAAAUAAAAAUAAAGAUAAUAAUAAGAAGAUAAAAAAACAGAGGAUACUCAUAAAUAUAGAUCUUUACCACCAGAUGAUAUUAUAAUCAAAUAUAAAUCAAAUAGUGAAGGAACAUUUAUCAUAAUGCCAAAAUAUAUGAAUUCAUAAUUAUCAAAUCCAUCAAAAAUGAUAGUUGAAGAUAAUAAAUAUUGUUCAAAUUGUUCUAAUCUAGCUAGAUAUCGUAUUCCAAAAAUGUAAUAGAAAGCAUGUAGUCUUGAAUGUUAUAAAUUAAUAAAAUAAUAAUGA